AUGGAGCUACACCAACUGGUUUACAAGUCCACAACUAUAUUAAGUUACAAUAAAGAAGACACUUGUGACUCUCAGAAUGUGCAGCAUAUGCAAAAUCUUUAUAAUCACAAUCCAACAACUUCUCCUGUUCCUUAUGAUAAAUUCCUAAACUAUACACCUUCAAUAAAAAACUGUGAAAAUGUAUAUAAUGUUGUAACAAAUUUAAGUAAAAUGGCUGGUGAAAAAUUUCAGGAAGAAGUAUCACGUAACAAAAUUCU